AUGUGGCUUGCCAACUUGCACUCUGUCAAGGAGCAGCUGGGAGCCAUUAGCAAUCCCCACACGCGCUACAGAACCGCACUGGAUUAUCACUUGCUGCAUCAUGUCAUAGCCCAAUGGAUCGAUAUCUUGAUAACGGGGAGGCCUCGUGUUAGGCGCACCCUGACAUAUUUUCAUCUUGAUGUCGCCAUUCAAAUCCGGAAGAGUGGUGUUGGUGUUUCGUCCGGACUCUGUUACUGUAAGGCGUUGACGCAUCUGGGCCAUGUCAACCGAGCAUAUAGCGCAGUAAAUGAUAAGGAUGUCGUCAAGAGCACCCAAAUGGCGUGGUUCUUCCGAUAUGGAAGAGGGAAAUUCUAUCACAAGAACAAAACCUCGGCCACGCGGGAGACCACCACGAGCAUUGAACCGCCAAGACGCGGCUGCUUAAAUCAGAUGAUUCAGGAAGAGUUGCAGGCGAAACGAUCAAUCAAGCAAAGCCCUGGUAGCUUGGAGGAAACACCGUCAAUGGGCGUGGCCAGUAAGUACUUGGCGAUGGCGGAGCAGUAUUCCGAAGACGGCAACGACAAUAUAGAUCCACCUGAUGGACGACCUCUAGUUACUGUCGACUUAUCUCUACAAGAAACAACCGUUUCAAUCCACGAUGCUCUCAUUGGCCGAUUUGUGGACUCGUAUGGCUCGCCAGGAACUACGACAUCUCAGCCAAAAUACUGGAUUCACGACGGGCGACCGUGGUGCCUAUGGCGUUCUGGUGCUGAGAUAUGCGCCUUCUCUCCACUUCUCCACACUGCUUAUCUUACAAUUGCCACAGCUUAUUCCGGCCUUUCGCUCAAUGACAAUCGCCUUACUCAAGCUGGGGCCCGGAGCUACCCUGUUGUUCUCAGGCAAUUGCAGAAAGCCUUGGAUGAUCCAGAGAGAAGCAAAUCUGACGCUGUUCUGAUAACCAUUGGACUGUGCAUGACUUAUGAGACUUGGGGCGCCAUAGUGUCGAGGAAACCAUCGUUCCUCGCAACUCCAGAAUGGAAAACCAUGCCCUGGUCUUGUGGGACUACCGACAAAGACCUAGCCCAAUGUUUAUACGAUAAAAUGCUGGAGAUCCCAAGACUAAUCUGGCUCUUUGAUCAAGUCACCGCAUGCUGCAACCUUCAAGAAAAAGGAAAACUACGAAAGGAAACUUCUGCAUUAGCUAAAGACAUAGCUCUGUCACUACACCAGUGGAAGGCUGAUUGGCUGGACUGCGUGCCCCAGCGACGGCCCUACGAGAAACCACUUAUUCAUGAAGACCCAACGAUACCCAUUUUCCGAUAUCAAGAUUCGAGUAAUACCGACACUUUAAUUGAGCCGCAAGCAUUGUAUUAUCCAAACUGCGCAAUCUUCGCUGCCGUUUGCAACUAUUACGCGGCAAUCUUAGUUGUCCUCGAUACUGUCCGGCUCCUGAAUGGGCAAGUACGGAACCAGACUCAGAUGACCGUGGCAUAUGAGAUAUGUCGGUCCAUGAACUACUUCUUAACACAGCUGCCGCCUAGUAUGCUAGGGAGAGUGGCAAUACCGAUCUCGGCAGCGUACGAUACUUUGCCGCCGGGGGGUGUUGAACGGAAGUAUCUCGAGGAUGUUUACCGUUCCUGUGUCGGUGGCACAUGGCGCUCUUUCAAGGACUUUGUACAAGAGUUCUCAGUUUUAGAGGCGUCCUAG